AUGCCUCUAGGUAAACAAUUGCAGUAUCACCAGUGGCCACCAGAUUGGCCGCGCAAAGUCAAGCGGCUCGCCAGUAAAAUCCAACCCUCACGGGAAAGGAAGAAACUUGUGAGUAAACUUAAUGCCCUCAACGCCGAACGACGUUCGCCGGCAAAGAAGAUGUUUGACACUCCGGCGUCGUCAUAUUGCGCGUCGGACCGCAAUGGGAAGAGAAAGGCAACGGAACCCAUGGAAACUGACAACGAAGAGAGCUAUGAGAACGGAGGAGGGGAAGACAAAGACGAGGAAGAGGAGCCUAAGGAAAAACCAACUCGUGGGCGACCCCGUAAGGCCAUUCUCAAAGACGCUGCCAAGAGAUUAAAAAAGCUCUGA